AUGCAGGGCGAGGGAGCCAUUCUGAGUGUACAGCCUUCAAGAAAUGAUAGUCCAAGGUCUCGAAAAGCAUUCCUCCCCAUCGGCGAACUCUCCGUAGUCGACCCAAAUGCAAUGAACGGACUAAUGGAAGACGUUCUUUCCGGGGAAGAAAUGGUUGAAAUCCACUUAGAGAAGCCGGCGAAGACUGCGGCACCCGAAAUGAACAACUCACACCAAAGAAGAGGACUCCGCAAGUUUCGAACACUAGCAUGCAUGUACUGCAAAGGAGACCACAAACCGGCCGAGUGUGGAAAAUACAAGACUCCGCAAGAACGCGCUCAAUACCUACGAGAAAGGAAUCUGUGCCAGACCGCAACUAGAGUCAAUAUAGUGGCGGACGAUAGGACAAGCCAAGUUCAUCACGAAGAUGAGGAGCAACGAAUGCAGUGCGAGGGAGCCAUUCUGAGUGUACAGCCUUCAAGAAAUGAUAGUCCAAGGUCUCGAAAAGCAUUCCUCCCCAUCGGCGAACUCUCCAUAGUCGACCCAGAUGCAAUGAAUCUUAGAAAAAUUCAAGUGCUGAUCGACACCGGAGCAGAAAUGUCCUUCAUUGAAACCAACUUAGCAAACAAGCUAAGUUUAUCAACAACCGAGGAAAGGUUGUUGAGCUAUCACACUUUCGGGUCAGAGAAAGUACAGAAGAUGCAGUCGCGUCGAGUUCAGUUACCAGCAUGGGACAACGACGGUCAAUUGAGCUAUCACACUUCCGGGUCAGAGAAAGUACAGAAGAUGCAGUCGCGUCGAGUUCAGUUACCAGCUUGGGACAACGACGGUCAACUUCACAUGUUGGAUCUGCUAACAAGCGACAUAUUUAUGAAAGAUUUUGCGGUUCCACCUCUAUCAGAAGAAGACGAAGAAGCUCUUCGAUCACUCAAUCUGCAGCCACCAUUGAAAAUGGUUAGGAACCAACAAGCGAAACCAAGCAUCCUACUGGGAUCUGACCAAGCAUGGCAAUUUUUCAAAGCUAACUGUUCGCACGCUCAACUCCCAUCAGGUCUUCAUGUUUUACCAACCACGAUGGGUAAUAUUCUUGCAGGACAGUUGAAAGAAAAACAAAAGAUUCUGCAUUUACGUCUCAAUAGUGAGCCUGAAGAACUCACCCAGUGGGACAAGUAUUGGUCAUUAGAGCCACAAGUGAAUAUGGUUCAAGAAGACUUUAACCUCAGUCUAAUCGAGUUUGCAACAUUAUGUGUUCCCGAUUUCAGGCUGGAUCCACGCGAUGUGGAAGGAGGUCCCAAGUAUCUGAGCCGUAUGAUACUAGAGUUAAAGCCUACGAGCCAGAGAUUAGAAGGAGACCUAACAGCUGUCCUCAACGAAAUAAAAGUUCAAGUGAAUAUCACUACAUCACUGCGAAACGAAUGGUUUCGCCUCCUUUGCAGUACCACACUUCACGAGAUGGGAACAGCUGAAAGACCUCAGCUUCUGAAUCAGCAUCUACUAACGGCCAACCUCACAAAAGAGCGACUCCUGCGUCUCGGCACUCGUAUUUGUUCGACGGACCGAAUUUAUGGAGAGCAAUGCCAAAGAUCAGGAGUUGGCGGCCAGGAGAGAAGAGUGGUUACAGAUAGAAAGUCAUACCAAGGACGUGAUGGCGCUCAUCGAGCGAGAUGUACGACGUUGGGAACAACGAUAAAAGAAAUCACGAGAGUACAUGGCGUUAAGGAUGGAGCCAAGAAAUCCGAUGAAAGCGUGAAGGCUUCUCGACCCGACAAACCCCAACCAUCGCAGGAGACCGACGACCAAUAUUUCGAUCGUUUGCUUCGUGAGUCAAGUGGUGAUCAAGUCGAAGAGACGCAGAAAAACGAAGGAAAGGAAGAUGGAAACAGUCAUCGGACAGAUGCGCCCGAGAAACCGUGCAGCAGCAAAACUUGUUCAAGGAAGAGAGCAUUAACCACGAAGAAUCCACUGCUUCAUUAG